AUGAUUUCUCAACCAGUCUUAUCGUCAUCAUCAUCUGAUCAUGGUCUUUCUACAUCAGACAAUUUCACAACACCUAUAAUAUCACAAUCAACUUUAUUAAAUACCCUUGGUUUACACGAUCCCAAUUAUGAUUAUUUACCGUAUAUUUUCAACAAUUUUCUCAAUCCAAAUAACCGUCAUCAUCAAAAUGAUUGUAACAAUACACCUUUACAUCAUCAAUAUCAUCAGUUAAUACCAAACAAUUCUGAUAUUUUAAAUUUACAUGCACUUCAAAUACCAAUUUUUGAAAUGAUAAUUGCUAAUCGCAAUAAUAAAAUCAAUGAUCCUAUGGUAGACAUAACAUCAAUACCUAAGAAUUCUGAAAAUAAUUCAUCAUUUACAAAUUUUUCAUUAACAUCAUCAUUGACCAGAGCGAUCAGUUCAAAUACAAAUUCAAUAGGUUCACAACUUUUACCUAUUUGUACACCAUUACUUCAACUUGCUAUACGUCAUGCAUUAGCUGAAUGUUUUCCAAAUAAUGUACAAUUACAUAUUAAAGGUAGAUUAGAAAUAUCGAUGAAUACUAUAGACAAUAAUGCUGAAAAUCCGAACCAUGUUAAUACUACUGCUAAUAAUACUAAUAGUACUAACAACAGCUCAACCACUCUUUAUUUUAAUGAUACUUAUGAAUUACCGACAAAAUCAUCCAAUUUUUCUAAUGAUCUCAAACAAGAAGAUAAUAAUAACAACAAUAAUUCAAUAUAUCAGAAAUUACUUAACCAACACUCCACAACAUCCCGUCGUAAACCAUUAAAUCCUAGUAAAUGUUAUCCAUCAGAUAUACUGUACAAUAAUCAUUGUAACAAUGAUCAGUGUGAAAAAGAUAACCAUAGUAGCUAUGAUAAUAAUAGUAACAAUAAUAAUUUCAAUUUAUUACAUAUAAAUCAAUCAACGAGUCCAUUAUUAUCAACAUCAAGUCCAACAAGCCCAUCAUCUGAUUCUGGUGUAUUAGAUUUAUCACAUGGCGGUUCUCUAGCCGAUUCAGCACCAAUAACACCUUUAAAAGAUUUUCAUGUAUCACAUUCACUUGGCAUUAGUAAUGAUAAGCUAAAUUAUAGUAAUAAUAAUAACAAUAUAAUUGACGAUAAUCAUCAUUAUCAAUAUUUUAAUUUACAUGAUCAAUACGAUUUACAUUGUUUAAAUCGUGAACAAGAUAUUAUAGAAUCAUAUAAAAAACAAUUAGCUGCAUUUAAUCAAAUUCAAGCUGUAUGGAAAAUGUCAACAUCAUCAAAUAGUGAAGCAUUAUCAAAUUCUUCGUUAAAAUUUGAUUCAAAUAAUCAUAAAACAAUAUACAGUGAUAAUUUUGAUGACAAACAAAAGCCUAAUUCUGAACCGAAUACACCUGUAAAGAUAGGACGUCGUACACGUGCAAAUGUUGGUCAAACUGGACGUUUAACUUCAAUUAGACGUCAAAGUACCAGUCGUCGUUUUCCUUGUAAUCAAUGUAAGGAAGAAUUUCCGUCAUUACAUACAUUAGAGCAGCAUACAUUAUCACAACAUGGCACUUAUAGAUGUCACAUUUGUCAAGCUCAAUUUACACAGCGAUCAAAUUUACAACGUCAUGCAUUAAAACAUGUUGGUUUUAAACCAUUUGAGUGUCGUGUUUGUUCUAAAGCAUAUUAUCGUAAAGAUCAUUUAAUGCGACAUAUGGAAAUGGGACAUCCAGGAUUUACACCAAGAGAUAAUAUCACUGUACAUUUAACAUCAUCCGAAAGUUUAGAUUAUUUAACUCGAUCAAAUAGUUUAACUGAAAUUCAAUCAAUUCCUGAAAAUUAUGAACAACAACAACAACCUAUGUUCACUGAUGAAACUAUAAUUGAAAAUGAAUAUUAUAAUGAGAAUGAGAAUGUGAAUUUAGAUGAUAUAAAACCGUCUACUUCACCUAUCAAUAAAUUACACAAUAUUGAUUCAAUAUAUUCCCCCAUAAAAGAUCAAAUCAGUUUAUCUUUACCAGAAGAACAAAUAAAAGAUUCAACACAAACUAUACAAUAAUUAUAAUUAAUUAAAAUAAAUUUAUAACAUUACAAUUUCAAUAUUCUUCUGUUACCAGCUAGAAUUUCUUCUAAAUACUUCAUCAUUAAAUAAAUAAUUAAGAAUAAACAAUUCCGGUGAAUUCAUCUUCAAUUAUUAAAAUUGUAAAUAAAUUUAUGUCAUCAUGUAAAAAAUUUUUUUCUAUUUUGCUAUUUCAAACAUUAUUCUUCUGCGUAUGAAAAAAAAUGUAUUUUCUUAAUUUUUUUUACUUCUACAUAAUAAUUAUUUUUCCAUAUUUGUUUGUAUUUAAUAAAUAAGGCAAUAUCUAUUUUCUACUUUUUUAUUGAUUAAUUUAUUUGUAACUAUUUUUUUCUCUCUCUCUCUCUGUCCAUUUUUACUCAAUAAAUGACUAUCAUAAACGAGAUAAAAUAAUGAGUCAAAUGUAAAGUGACCAUGACAUUUCAAUAACAGCAACAACAACAACAACACCGUUAACCCUGACAACCUCUUUUUUUAUUAAAUGUUUUUUUACCGGGUUAUUUUUUUCUAAUGAAAACUACUACAUUCCGUUUGUUUCAAUGAUAAAAAUAAAAAUUUCCUAAUGUGCAUAAAGAAAAAAAGAUUUUCUUUACACAGUUUCUGAUUACUUUUUGAUGUUAAGUUACUAACAUUUAGCAGAAUAUGUUGAUUG